AUGGCUGAGACCCUCUGGGACACCCACGCUCUGCUGGCCUCAGCCACCCCCAGAGGAGGCCGGCCCCACAACCAGCUGCCCUCCCGCAGGGCCCUGCCCAUGGCCUGGGGCUCAGGCGCCUGGUCCACCUGCAGCCCUGUCUGGGCCACAACCCUCCGGCACGGAGCGCUUGGGCUCCACGGUGACCGGAGUAGGCGCAGGCCCAUCUCGUUAAGCACCUCAGCAGGCACGGUCGUAGCGCGGAGGUCAGCAUUUGGAAGAGGUCAGCAAACGGAGGUCAAGGCGCAGAGGAGGUCGGUGCACAGAGGUCCGAGGGCGGAAGUCACGGUGCGCAGGAAAUCAGGGCUCCGAGGAGGUCAGGACGAGGAGGGGAUCAAGAGCGGUAAAGGUCAAGACCGGGAGUCUGCGGGUAACAGGAGGCAGUACAACCGAGGCAGGGCCGCGAAGACAGCGCCACGCUCGGACGUCAGAGACGGGGGUGGAGGUCCUCCUCCCGGCCUAGUGAAUUCACCGAUACAGUCCCUGAAAACACCACGUGGAGCCGGUGUAGUUGGUCGCUUCAGCCAUCGAUGCUGUGGUGGCAUCUUCACUGGGACAGAGCCACCCAGCCUCAGCCACGUGGACGGUGACUCCUGGUCUGGCGACUGUUUUCUCCAAUCCCCCUUAGAACAGAGGAUCAAAGCAGUUUUCAGUCCCCUGGGAAGGACACCAGUGAGCACCUACGGUCUUGCCCGGGAUCACCUAGCCAUCCUGCAGAGGGCCUGCGUGUGGAGGACGUCACCAUCGUUGGACUGAAGGAGGAAGUCUCUGGUAAGACACCCGCCUGCCGCGGGCCUGACUCAUGGACGAAGUUCUUGGGGUGCAGUGCUUGGGGAUGGCUGACACAUCCCUUGCGAGGUACAGGACAAGUUAUAUGUCGCACCUCCUGCCAGUGAAAAAGAGACACAGUACUUAGUGGCACUUUUGGGGUUGGGAGGCAGUGUAUACGCUAGGGGACCC